AUGAGGACUACAGGCAUUGUGGACUGUUUAAGCUACUGCUUUCUUAUUCUGCAGCUGCUGAGUCAGCCCGCAGCCAAGCAAGUGCUCCGGUACCGCCUGGCUGAGGAGGGUCCUGCCGAUGUACGGGUGGGUAAUGUAGCCGCGGACCUUGGCAUCAUGGCUGGCAUGGAUGUGACUUUUACAUUAGAAUCUGGCUCCGAGUACUUCAAAAUCGAUAACAUGACCGGAGACCUGAGCACGAACGAGCGGCGCAUAGACCGCGAAAAGCUGCCGCAGUGUCAAAUGAUUUUUGAUGAGAACGAGUGUUUUAUAGAUUUCGAAGUGUCCGUGAUAGGACCCGCGCAGAGCUGGGUUGAUCUCUUCGAGGGCAAAGUGAUUAUUUUAGACAUAAACGACAACACGCCGUCUUUCCCCUCACCUGUUCUGACGCUCUCCGUUGAGGAGAACAGACCCAUUGGCACACUUUAUCUGUUGCCCACGGCCACCGACAGAGAUUUCGGUCGGAAUGGAAUUGAGCGCUAUGAGUUGAUUCAGGAUAACGGCGAGAGCUCUGUCAGACGGAUCGGCACUUCCGGCUCCGGCAGUGUUGACACUCACACGGGCAAACGGAGGCUCGACGAGGGCGCGAGCCGUAGCAGCGUCUUUGAACUUCAAGUUGCUGACACAACAGACGGCGAGAAGCAGCCGCAGCUCCUUAUCAAAGGAGCGCUGGACAGAGAGCAGCGUGACUCCUACGAGCUCACUCUGCGUGUCAGAGAUGGGGGUGACCCCCCACGCUCCUCUCAAGCCAUUCUUAGGGUGAUGAUCACAGAUGUAAAUGAUAACACCCCACGCUUUGAAAAGAGUGUUUAUGAGGCAGACCUGCCAGAAAACAGCUCCCCAGGUGCCCCCAUACUCCAGCUAAAAGCGGGCGACACUGAUGUUGGCGUGAAUGGACAGAUUGAAUAUGUCUUUGGAGCAGCCACAGAGUCGGUGCGACGACUGCUGCGGCUCGACGAGAGCACUGGCUGGCUCAGUGUUUUGCACAGAAUUGACCGUGAAGAUGUGAGCCAGCUUCGCUUCACAGUCAUGGCACGUGAUCGCGGACAGCCUCCUAAGACUGACAAAGCGACAGUGAUCAUCAACAUCAAAGAUGAAAAUGACAACGUCCCCAAUAUAGAUAUCCGAAAAAUCGGACGCAUUUUUCUCAAAGACGGUGUGGCCAAUGUGGCAGAGGACGUGAUUGUCGAUACACCCAUUGCUCUGGUCCAAGUUUCAGACCGAGAUAAAGGACCGAACGGUAUAGUGACGUGCACAGUAGUGGGAGAUGUUCCGUUUCAGCUCAAACCUGCUAGUGAGGUUGAGGGUGAAAUGAAUAAAAAGAAGUACUUUCUCCAUACGUCAGCACUACUUGAUUAUGAAGCAGUGCAGGAGUAUAAUGUGGUCAUCGUUGCUGUUGACUCUGGGAGCCCUAGUCUUUCUAGCAACAAUUCACUUAUAGUGAAAGUUGGGGACAUGAAUGACAAUCCACCAGUUUUUAGCAAAAGCACAGUGGAAGUUUCAUUUCCUGAAAACAAUGCUCCCGGUGAGCGUGUCGUCACAGUAGUGGCCUUAGAUGCAGAUAGUGGCAAAAAUGCAGAAAUCUCUUACUCCCUGGACUCCGCUGUUAACGGAAUAUUUUCCAUCGAUGCAGACACUGGUGAUAUCCGUGUCAACACCAUACUUGACAGGGAGCAGAUGGAACGAUAUGAGUUCAAAGUUAUCGCCAAAGACAAAGGCAUGCCUGUCCUGCAGGGCUCGGCCACUGUGAUAGUCCUGGUGGCGGAUAAAAAUGACAAUGAGCCAAAGUUCAUGCAGGAUGUGUUCACUUUCUAUAUACAGGAAAACCUGCAACCCAACAGCCCUGUUGGCAUGAUAACGGUCAUGGAUGCCGACAAAGGACAAAAUGCAGACAUGAGUCUAUACAUUGAGGAAGAAGAAGACAUUUUCUCUAUUGACAACAACACAGGCACCAUCUUCUCAAACAUGGCUUUUGACCGUGAGCAAAAAACCACUUAUUCAUUCCAUGUCAAAGCUGUUGAUGGAGGUGAUCCACCCCGGUCAGCUACAGCCACGGUGUCUCUCUCUGUAAUGGAUGUAAAUGACAAUCCCCCCACUGUCACUUUUCCAGUGAAUAGCUCAUACACGCUGCUUCCUCCUUCUAGCAACAUAAGGACAGUGGUCAGGACUGUCUCGGCUACUGAUACAGACACAGGUGUUAAUGCUAACCUCAGCUACAGAAUAGUGGGCGGCAAUCCAUUUCAGUUGUUUGAAAUUAAUGCAUGGACUGGUGUGAUUAUGUUAGUUGGCAAACUAGAGCAAAAACAUUUUGGCCUUCAUCGACUGGUUGUGCAAGUGAAUGACAGCGGGGUUCCAUCUCAAAGCACCACCACAUUGGUUCACAUCUACAUCAACGAAACGCUUUCCAACUCCACUAUUGUAGAGGCGCAAGUUGCCAAAAGUCUUGGUACGCCACUCAAUGCUGACAUUGCAGGAGACCCUAACUAUGACUUGGGAAAGCAACGGCUGAGCAUCGCCAUAGGAGUUGUAUCAGGCAUCAUGACGGUGAUUCUUAUCAUCCUGGUAGUCGUCAUGGCCCGCUACUGUCGUCCCAAGAACAAGAACGGCUACGAGGCUGGAAAGAAAGACCAUGAGGACUUCUUCACUCCUCAGCCACAUGAUAAAGGCAAGAAACCCAAGAAAGACAAGAAUAAGAAAAAGUCUAAACAGCCUUUAUAUAGCAGCAUCGUCACAGUCGAGGCAUCCAAGCCAAAUAUACAGCGCUACGAUGGCGUUAACGAGAAACUGUCGGACAGUCCAGGAAUGGGCUGCUAUAGGUCUGUCAACGGUGGCCCUGGAAGCCCAGAUCUUGCCCGCCAUUACAAGUCCAGUUCACCCUUGCCCACCGUUCAACUGCACCCUCAGUCGCCAACAUCAGGAAAAAAACACCAGGCGGUUCAGGACCUUCCGCCAGCCAACACAUUUGUCGGCACUGGAGAUAACAUAUCCAUCGGAUCAGACCACUGUUCUGAGUACAGCAGCCAAACCAUCAACAAGUACAACAAACAGCCGUUCCGCCGAGUGACCUUCUCAGUGGUGAGCCAGCCACAGGACCCGCACCAGGGCUCGCUGCAGAGCUGCUACGACAGUGGCCUGGAGGAUUCGGAGACGCCCAGCAGCAAGAGCUCGUCUGGCCCCAGACUAGGUGCCCUCCCUUACCCGAAGACGCCUAUGAGAGGACUACCCCUGAUGGCAGUGUCGGUGAGGCAGAGCAUAUGGAAAAUGGAGAAAAAGAACAUUAAAAACUCUCGGCCCCUGCCUGACGUAGCUAUGACGGGUAAAUGCACGCGGGAGUGUGACGAAUAUGGCCACUCGGAUGCCUGCUGGAUGCCUGUGCGCACCUCGCCUGAACGUAGGCCCAAGGCCACCCCUCCCAAACUCUCCACCUUCAUGACCUCCCCCGGGGGCAGCAUUGCUGAACAGCCUGGCAGCCAGGAGACGCUAGCUGUUGCCAACGGGGACCACUCGCACCUCCUGGGCGACCGUAACCGUAAUCUCCUUAACAAGAAGAUGGCUUCCUCCUCCUCAUCCUACGACGCAUUUAGUUCAGCUGGAUUUUCUGUCAGCGAGGAAACGUCUCGCCCCAUUGAGGAGAUUCCGCUAGCACCCACAGGUGAAUACAAGCCGAAACAAUGCGGAACUCUCACCAGGCGGGAGGUUUACUUGUAAACGACACACAGCGACCGCGAGGGAUGAAGACAGUGAUUCCGCAUUGUCAGAGAUGCUGUAAGCAAACCAAACCCUAAAACAAAAGCAACAUGGAUUUUCCUCAAACUGCUAGCGCUAUUAGUGCGGCACUACUUUCGAACUUAAAUAGCCGUCUCACUAAAAACUGUGGGAUUACAUGUUGUAUAUGUGCGUGAGAAGGAUGAGACGGGGGAGGGGGAAGUGGCCGAGGUGGAGAGAAGGGAAUGUAGGUGGAUCAGUACUACUUUGCUGCUAGCGUACUGGGCCUCGUAGACUUCCCCAAACUGCUGCCUGGUUUCUGUAGACCUCUUUCUAAACAUGCAUGCAUCAUCUAGCCCCUUAAGAGUGUGUGCCCUUUGAAAUGGACCUGGACUAUACCUUUUUGUCUUUGUUUUUAUAACUGAUUGUGAACCGAUGCGACUGGUUCUGUCUUUUAAUCUGUUUUUAUUUUGGGGGAAAGAUGGGAGUGUUUUUACAUGGAUGUAUUAUGUCCAUAUGCAAUCAGUCAAAGCACUGAACUGUCCAGACAACCACAUUAUCGAAUUAAAAAACAAAAAAGACAGGCUGAUGAUGGACGAAAAUCAUCGCACGACGAUCAAUGAUGGCAUAACUAAAUUAUGUCGGAGUGCUUCGUACACCGUCAUUGACUUUAGCCUUAGUUUUAAAAGGGUUUGUAAAUACUCAAAUGGUCGAAGUCAAUUUCGUAUGCGCUGUAAACGACAAACUUACAGCGUGAAAAGCAAGUUUACCUGUGUGCCUAACAACUUUAUGUAGAAGUGAAGGAACACAAGCAUACAAAGAUCCACCAAUGCACGGUUUUGUCAUGUGGGUGAAGUAUUGUACACACACACACACACAAUCUGUAAACAUACUCUUGACACACGCUUUGAAAUCACAAGCAACCCGUUUUCAUCCUGCUCCCAUACACUUCUGGAAGCAGAGGGAGGUUAUGUACAUCUCACAGCUUGUCAGUUAUUUGCCUGAAUGCUAUGGCUUUGUGUAAUUGUGGUUCAUCUCUCUAUAUAUGUGUGAAACUAUGCUGAAGUUUUGGGGUCUCAAGUUGGCCUUCCGGCACACACACUUGCAAACACACACACACAAUUGAUCCACACAUUGUACAUGCACAUUAUAAUUAUCCCAUAAAUCCACAGGAAAACGAUUUGGAUAUUCUGCUGGGGUGAAUUAGUUUAAUAAUAUUGCCCUGCUGAAGAGCUUGGGCUGGCCCUGUGUAACAUUCCAAAUAUGAAUGUUAAAUAGAGCAAUAAACUCAUUCAACAGAUUCACUCUCAAUCUCACACACUUCAGAAGAGUAAUCAAGGAUGAGAAAUUGUGUCCCGUGUAGUACAAUCACAUUCAAAGUUCAGCUACUGCAGGCACGAUAGGAGCGAUUGCAAUGGGGCAGAUGAUGCUGCUGUAUAACCAAAGUAUCGGGAACAACAUGACAUGAUGUUUCAAAGAACUGGGACAGGAAAGCUCCUUUUUAGGUCACAUGUUGCUUAAUUACCUUCACAUAUGUUUCAUUGCAAUGUGGGGAUACCAAAUGCAGAAUUAUACAUGCAUCAUGGGCCUAUCCCAAACCACUUGCAAGAGGAGGAGUAUACUUAGCAGGCCACGUGCUUUUACAAAAAGGUGGUAAAUUAAUCAGAUGCAAAUGUAUUUUUUUUUUUUUUAUGACUCCUUAUGUUUGAACAGACUGCUUUUUUGCAGCGUCCAGAUCUGUAGUCUGUAUGUACUACUCGUGUUUAAAAGAAGUGCUCUGAUGCUUACAAUCUGUAUACAUAGAAAUGUACGUUUUAUUGCACGUUUAAAGGGAAUUUACACUUACUAUGAAGAUGAAAAAAAAAAAAAAAAAAGUGUACAAAUAUCAUAACUUGUGAACAUGGAAGUCCACUGCUUGCGUUUGUUACAAACAGACACUAGACAUUGUAAUAUGACUAUGUAUAUUGAUUUGACGAGGAUGAAAAAGAAUCAUACACAUUUGUUAUUCAGUAUUUAGCAUCAUAUCACCCAUUGCUUAUUUAUCUGAUUUAUUUACAAUUUUAUUUUAUGGCAGAUGUACUUUUAUCCAUUGGUUCUGUAAUGUUUAUAUUCUUGUCACAUAAAAAUACCUUUCAUUAUUAAGCAGAUUCAUUAUGUAGUUGUGAAACAUGAGUCCAGAAGAAAUCAAAUGGACUCUCAACAUAACUCUCUAUUGUAUUUGGUUUUCAAAUAUACGCUCAUAAUGAUGCCCUCUUCAGAUCUCAUCAGUCAUAUCUUUCCCUUUCCUUUCCAGUGCCACUUUGUUUAUGUAGUGCUUCUGUAAAAAAAAAAAAAAAAAAAAAAAAU